AUGGAUGAGACACUAGACAAUUUUGCAAAUGCUUCUUCCGACUUCCCCGAUUUUGCAGCGCAUUUUGGAAAUUGCACUGAUGAAAAAAUCCCGCUGAAGAGGCACUACCUCCCGGUUAUUUAUAGCAUCAUCUUCCUGGUGGGCUUUCCAGGGAAUGCAGUAGCAAUUUCCACGUACAUUUUCAAAAUGCGGCCCUGGAAAGGCAGCACCAUCAUUAUGCUGAACCUGGCCUGCACAGACCUGCUCUAUCUAACCAGCUUCCCUUUCCUGAUUCACUACUAUGCCAGCGGCGAAAACUGGAUCUUUGGGGACUUCAUGUGCAAGUUCAUCCGCUUCGGCUUCCAUUUCAACCUGUAUAGCAGCAUACUCUUCCUGACCUGUUACAGCAUCUUCCGAUACUUUGUGAUCAUUCACCCCAUGAGCUGCUUUUCCAUUCACAAAACUCGAUGGGCCGUGGUGGCCUGUGCUGUGGUGUGGGUCAUUUCACUGGUGGCCGUCAUUCCCAUGACCUUCCUGAUCACAUCAACCACCAGGACCAAUAGAUCGGCCUGCCUUGACCUCACCAGUUCAGAUGACCUCGCCACUAUCAAGUGGUACAAUCUAGUUUUGACGGCCACUACUUUCUGCCUUCCCUUGGUGAUAGUUACACUUUGCUAUACAAUGAUUAUCUGCACCCUAACGCAAGGACCUCAGACUCGCAGCGGCCUUAAGCAGAAAGCUAGAAGGCUAACCAUUCUGCUGCUCCUCGUGUUUUAUAUAUGUUUUUUACCCUUCCACAUCUUGAGGGUCAUUCGAAUCGAAUCUCGACUGCUUUCAACCAGCUGCUCCAUUGAGUAUCAGAUCCAUGAAGCCUACAUUGUUUCCAGGCCGUUAGCUGCCCUGAACACCUUUGGUAACCUGUUACUGUAUGUGGUGGUCAGUGACAAUUUCCAGCAGGCCAUCUGCUCGAUGGUGCGAUGCAGAGCCAGUGGGGACCUAGAACAAGUGAAAAAAAUCAGUUACUCAAACAACCCUUGACAUACUUCAUUUAGUCAACCAAGAAGAAAAGCCUGCUGAUAUUUUAGCUUCCGGGAAGUCCAGAAUAGCUCCCCGAGUAGUUCUCAGGAAACAUCGUGUGCGGUAAUUCCGUGCCAAAGCCAGGGCAGGACUACAGGGAGUUCCUUGUAACCCAUUUAUUGAGGUCUUCCGUAAGGCAGAGAUAAGAAUGGAAUAUAUGCGUAUCAGUAGCAGAUUCACAUGUAGGAUCCAAACUAUUAGAAUUCAGGGACAUCCUGCAAAACAUCUACUCUUAAGACACCAGGGUGCCUCAGUUGGUUGG